AAGGAUCCCAAACUGCUGGGCACAGCAUGACCCUCCCACAUCUGGAAAAUCUUACGGGUGUGACACUGCUCGCGACAGUGAGUUAAGAUUUCCUGCUGGAAGACAGAAGAAUGGGAAGUUCAGCCUGAACAGUCUUUUCAUGUGUAAGAAACACUGAGAGACCAUUUGGAGGCAGCCUUGCAGAUACUUCAGAAUACCCUUCGAGACACAGAUGAGUGCAAUGUUUAUUAGGAAGCUUCUGAGGAUUGGGGGGGUUAUGACUGGAAAAGAAAUCAGAUAAAUGUAUCAGAAUAGGUUAAGCAAUGCUACAUAUUGCAGGGUUAGUUGGAUGGAAACACAAAUCUAAUGAUUCAUUAGGUUUUGCUUGAUACAACUGGCUAUUGGCCGAAGGUUUCCCUGGUCUCUGAAAAACAACAGCCUUCUUUUUGCUACCAAGGUAAAUCAAUUAUGCUAUGCAGUGUGAUGAGCUGACAAUGAGACUGGAAAAUUGAAUAGAAACAGCAGGCACUUCUCACUGCAUUCAUAGCCUGAGCAUUGCUAAAUAUGAUUUUGAUUACAGCAGAACGUAUGAGCUCUGGUUGUAGAACCAGCUCCCCUGCGGCCAGAAACUGCACAAAUGCAUAAAAACGAUGCUUCUCCAAGGCAAGCAGUGAUGUUCCUUGUCCUACUCUUACCAUAUCUGGCAGCAGAGAUUUUUAAGGAGAACAAAAAGGAGUCUUACAGUCUUCUGUUGACUUCCUGCAAACUAUUUUAGAGUAAUUCCUGCCUUAAAUCCAUAACUUCUGGUUGAGCUACAGCGUGUUUUAGCAGUCUUGCUACCAAAGUUUUAAGCAGCUGGCAGACCCACAACGUUCUUAGGUGAAGCAACAAAGCGCUCUCGGAAGUCUUUUCCUUGUGGGGGUGUGUGCUAACAGCGAACAAGGGGCUGUUGGUUAUUGAAAAUGGAAGAAACAAGGAAGCUCUGUCCGAAGCAGUGUAAAAGCAAAGAGCCUGUGAAAACAGAAUGGGGGUCUCAGAGUGUUGUAUUUACGUAUUUCCAAGGGGAUAUUAACAGCGUGGUAGAUGAACAUUUUUCUAGAGCUCUAAGCAAUGCCAAGAACCCACAAGACCUGAGCACAAAGCAUAAGGACGAGACUGUUGUCCUGAAGAACGAUAGCAUGUCUCCCCAUCAGUGGAAUUUCUCUUCACAUUGCUCCAAACCAUAUCCAUCAUCUUCUGCAGCAAGCAUGUCAAAUUCUGGUCUGAAUUUUUCUGCUGCUGGUAUGGCAGGCCCAUACCAGCCAUCAGCUCUGCGGAGUCAUCCAACUGAACCUGCAGAUUUAUGGUCCUUCCCUUCGAUUGGGACUCCCAGUCUUACCAGUUCGGUAUAUCAUCAUGCCUUGCCUGACCUGCACGCGGUAGAUGAACCCAUCUCUGACAGGAAAUACGGUUCUCUUCUUGGUCUUCUGCAACAGGAAAGGUGCCUAACAUCCAUGCAGGAAUGUACCAUGAAGCAACACUCAAGUUCUGCUUGUGUGACUGGACCUGCUAGGUUACAAAAUAUAAGUCAAAGUUCAGCUCCUGGGGGAGAGAGGAAAGCAAGCUCUUACCAAGGCUCAGAAAAUCCCAGUGUAAGCCAUGCCACUGCAGGUAUUCAGAUUCAUGACAGAAGACAAGAUUUGUACUUCUAGCAACUGGAUGUUUCUACUUUAUCCUGAAAGAGAAAGUUCUUGCUGUGAACUUUUACUAUUUGCAACUGUGAAUCAAGAAGGAAUGAACUGCAGCUAUUCUGUGCUUUUUCUCUCAGUUGGAAGAAUACAUGUACUAUUUACUAAUUGGGGAAUGAAAAAUCACCUUUUCUAUUUAGUAAAUAACUUCUAAUAGCUGUGGUAUUAAACAUGACAGUAUGUUUGUUGUGAAGAAAUAUUGUCUGCUUAAGGCUUUUCAUGCAGCCCUCUCCAAAAGGACUCUUAGCACUUUUUAAUCUUUCUGUGUUUACUCAUUUACCACCUCUUGAUAAGAAGCACAAUUCUUAUCAAUGCAGUUAAUAACUGAUAACUGCAGGGAUGCAGUUAGCAUAAAUAUGGUGCUGCAGUUUCUUAUCUUGAUUUGGUAUCUCCAAAUUAUUUAAAAUAGUCUUAGACCAUGGGCAAGACUUCAAGACAACCACGGGUCAGCAAAGCACAUUAUCAUAUUUAUGUUUUGGAAGUACAAUAAUUCGUAUGCAUACUUGCAAUUCACAGGGACAUUCUUCAGAAACUAUGUAAUAUGCACAAUGCCCGAAGGCUCUGUUUUGCCCUCUUAUGAUGUAUUCUUUAGAAAACAGUGAAUUAGCACUAGAUCUGGAAGGAAAUCUCGGUCCUCACUGAGCAAAAAGCUGGAGGUGGGAAUGGUCCAUUUUCCCAGGCUCUCUGCAG